ACUGAGCCACAGCCACGACGGUGGACGCGAGCGUCUCCUGUCUGCGCAUGCGCCCGCUGAGCGGCCUGCUUCUAUUUAUGUGGGGUAUCCAACAUGGCGGCUGCGGCGACGCUGGCGAUGGCGGUGGAGCCCAUCAGAACAUAGUGGCUGGGAAGGGGGCACGGUCCGCACUCACGGUGGCGUCGGCAGAGACGACUGAGGGUGGUGGAGGGAAGAAUAGCUACGGAAAGCAAAAGGAAGGGCGGGCAGGCAAACAACUCGGCGUAGAACCGAGCGCCGGCUCGGGCGAAGGCAGAGGGCCAGAACAGUGGGGAUGGCGGAGCCACGCAGAGUAGCGUUUAUUAGCCUGUCACCGGUGAGGCGGCGCGAGGCCGACUACCCGGGGGCCGAACGCGAGCCCGAGUACCCUCGCGAGCCCCCCCGGCUGGAGUCGCAGCCGUACCGUGAGCCGGCCCGGGCGGAGCAGCCGGCCCCGCGGGAGGCUGCCCCCCGGUCGGACGUGCAGCCCCCGCCGCGGGAGAAGCCGCUCCCCCAGCGCGAGGUCAGCCGCGCCGAGCCGCCCAUGUCGCUGCAGCGCGAGCCCCCGCGGCCCGAGCCGCCGCCGCCGCCGCUCCCUCAGCUGCACUUGCAGCCGCCCCCGCCGCGGGAGUCGGCUUCCCGGGCGGAGCCGCAGCAGAGGCCGCCGAGGGAGACGGUGCGCCUGGAGCUGGUGCUCAAGGAUCCCACCGACGAGAGCUGCGUGGAGUUCAGUUACCCGGAGCUGCUGCUGUGCGGAGAACAACGGAGGAAGCCCAUUCACACAGAAGAUCCAUUUAAUGAUGAGCAGCAAGAGAGACAAGAAGUGGAAAUGUUGGCUAAGAAGUUUGAAAUGAAAUAUGGUGGGAAACCCCGUAAACACCGGAAGGAUCGGCUACAAGAUUUAAUUGAUAUAGGCUUUGGCUAUGAUGAGACAGAUCCAUUUAUUGAUAACUCAGAGGCUUAUGACGAAUUAGUUCCUGCUUCUCUAACAACAAAAUAUGGAGGUUUUUACAUCAACACUGGCACUCUGCAGUUCCGCCAAGCUUCAGACACUGAAGAAGAGGAUAUCACCGACAACCAAAAGCACAAGCCGCCCAAAAUUCCCAAAAUAAAAGAUGAUGAUGUUGAGAUGAAGAAGCGGAAGAGGAAAGAGGAAGGGGAAAAGGAGAAGAAACCAAGGAAAAAAGUCCCCAAACAACUGGGAGUUGUGGCUCUAAAUUCACACAAGUCUGAAAAAAAGAAGAAACGUUAUAAAGAUUCUCUUUCUCUAGCUGCCAUGAUUCGAAAAUUUCAGAAAGAGAAGGAUGCAUUAAAGAAGGAGCCUAACCCCAAAGUCCCAAUGAACUUAACGACCUCUUCUCUGAACAAAACCCCCUCCUCUGCUGUAGCAUUGGGAAACGAUGUCUCGGACUUAAAUCUGAACAGUGCUGAUCCAGACCUCCCCAUUUUUGUUGGCACAAAUGAACAUGAACUGUUUCAGGAAGCUGAAAAUGCCCUCGAGAUGCUAGAUGAUUUCGACUUUGACAGAUUACUGGAUGCUGCUUCUGAUGGUAGCCCCCUUUCUGAGUCAGGGGGGGAGAAUGGAAACACCACUCAGCCAGCCUGUGCCUCUCAGGUUAUGCCCAAGGUGGUGCCCACACUCCCAGAGGGUCUGCCUGUCCUUCUUGAAAAACGCAUUGAAGACCUCCGUGUAGCUGCCAAACUUUUUGAUGAAGAAGGAAGGAAAAAAUUCUUUACACAGGAUAUGAAUAAUAUUCUUCUGGACAUCGAGUUGCAGCUGCAGGAGCUGGGCCCGGUCACCCGCAGUGCUGUCUACUCCCAUCUUGAGGCUUUUGUGCCAUGCAAUAAAGAAACACUGGUGAAACGUCUGAAGAAGUUACAUCUCAACGUCCAGGAUGAUCGUUUAAGAGAACCUCUGCAAAAGCUGAGACUGGCUGUUAGCAAUGUCAUGCCCGAGCAGCUGUUUAAAUACCAGGAGGACUGCCAGGCUCGCAGUCAAGCCAAGUGUGCCAAGUUGCAAACAGAUGAAGAACGAGAGAAAAAUGGGUCCGAGGAAGAUGAUGAUGAGAAACCGGGAAAACGUGUCAUAGGACCAAGAAAGAAAUUCCACUGGAAUGACACCAUCAGAACUUUGUUAUGUAACCUUGUUGAGAUCAAAUUGGGAUGCUAUGAGUUAGAGCCAAAUAAAAGCCAGUCCGCUGAGGAUUAUCUUAAAUCCUUUAUGGAGACAGAGGUGAAACCAUUGUGGCCUAAGGGCUGGAUGCAGGCAAGAAUGCUUUUUAAGGAAAGCCGGAGUGUACAUAAUCAUCUUACUUCUGCUCCGUUCCAAGGUUGCAUGGAGUGUAGUCCAAAGAAGGACCAGAAAACUGCAUCCUUGGUGGCUUCAGUCGGUGGUCCUUCAACGAGCUCUAGCACGUCUGCCGUGGCCUCUACCAGCUCGGGCUCUACUCCAGCCCAGGAGACCAUCUGCCUUGAUGACUCACUAGACGAAGACCUUUCUUUCCAUCCACCUGCACUGGAUCUUGUUUCUGAAGCUUUAGCUGUUAUCAACAAUGGCAACAAGGGCCCCCCAGCUGGCUCAAGGAUAAGCAUGCCGACUGCGAAACCUCGUCCAGGACUGAGAGAAGAAAAAUUAGCAAGUAUCAUGAGUAAGCUGCCACUGGCUGCUCCUAAAAAACUAGAUUCUUCUCAGACUGCACAUUCAUCAAGUCUUAUUGCUGGUCACACAGGGCCGGUACCAAAGAAACCCCAGGAUUUAGCUCAUACUGGCAUCUCUUCAGGCCUUAUUGCUGGUUCCUCAAUUCAGAACCCUAAAGUCUCCUUGGAACCGUUGCCAGCCAGGCUGCUGCAGCAAGGACUACAGAGGUCGAGUCAGAUUCACGCUUCCUCCUCCUCACAGACCCAUGUUUCCUCUUCUCAAGCCCAAGUUGCUGCCUCCUCUCACGCUCUGGGAGCAUCAGAGGCCCAAGACGCUUCUUCGUUAACACAAGUAACAAAGGUGCACCAGCAUUCAGCUGUCCAACAGAACUAUGUGUCUCCAUUACAAGCCACCAUUAGUAAAUCACAGACCAACCCAGUGGUGAAAUUAAGUAAUAAUCCCCAACUUUCCUGUUCAUCCCCGCUUAUUAAGACUUCAGAUAAGCCACUUAUGUACCGCCUUCCCUUAUCUACUCCCUCUCCUGGAAAUGGUUCUCAAGGGUCCCACCCCCUGGUUUCUAGGACAGUACCUAGCACCACUACCUCCAGUAACUAUUUAGCCAAGGCUAUGGUGUCACAGAUGUCAACGCAGGGUUUCAAGUCUCCCUUCUCAAUGGCUGCAUCCCCCAAACUUGCCGCAUCUCCAAAACCUGCCACAUCUCCUAAACCCUUGCCCUCACCUAAGCCUUCUGCCUCACCCAAGCCCUCUCUGUCCGCUAAGCCUUCAGUAUCAACUAAACUUGUUUCUAAGUCCAACCCAACUUCGAAGCCUCCUGUACCCCCAAGCUCUUCCAGUCCAAAUGCACUAGUAGCCCAGAGCAGCCACUCCAGCAGUAACAACCCAGUCCAUAAACAGCCCAGUGGGAUAAACCUCAGCAGACAGUCUCCCACCUUGAAUUUGCUGCCCUCCAAUCGUACUUCAGGCCUUCCAUCCACAAAAAAUCUUCAGGCCCCUUCAAAGCUAACAAAUUCCUCACCCACUGGAACUGUUGGGAAGAAUAGCUUGAGUGGAAUUGCAGUGAAUGUACCUGCCAGCAGAGGUAGCAACCUAAACUCAAGCGGAGCAAAUAGGACUAGUCUCGCUGGGGGAACAGGAAGUGGAACACAGGGUGCUACUAAACCGUUGUCUACUCCACACAGACCAUCCUCUGCCUCAGGGUCUUCGGUGGUGACCGCCAGUGUGCAGUCCACAGCAGGAGCAUCAUUAUUGGCUAAUGCCUCACCUCUGACUCUCAUGACAUCACCUUUGUCUGUAACAAAUCAAAAUGUGACUCCUUUUGGGAUGCUGGGUGGCCUUGUUCCCGUGACCAUGCCCUUCCAGUUUCCCUUGGAGCUACUUGGCUUUGGAACGGACACAGCUGGAGUGACAACCACCUCGGGAUCUACCUCAGCCGCUUUCCACCAUAGCCUAACUCAGAAUUUACUAAAGGGUUUACAGCCAGGAGCUCAGCAUGCAGCAACACUUUCCCACUCACCUCUGCCUGCACAUUUACAGCAAACGUUCAAUGAUGGAGGCCAAAGUAAAGGGGAAACUAAAUUACCACGGAAAUCUCAGUGACUUCCCAGCGAGCAACGGAGAUGAGGCACUCAGCUGGCUGAUGGAAUCUACCUGAUGGGAAAGUACUCAUGUGGUCGUAGGGCUGCUGUUCCGUCGAUGUUUACAUUCUCUCGUCCCAAGCACUGUGGUGAGGAGGAAAAAAGAAAAGAGAACAUUACUUGAGUCAAACCAGGUGCAGGAGGAAGAAAUGCUUUCGUGCAAAGUUAGUGACCUGUGGUCUCCUCUAAAGAAAGACAAAGUGACCAUAUUAACUGACUUGAAAGAGACUCAGUUGUCAAACCCACAGAAGUACAAAUUUGAUUUUUUUCCCCGGGGGAGGAAGAAGGAAUCUGAGGAUUUGGGUAAACUCCAUCCAUCCUGGGGGUUGGAUCUGAACACUUGUAGACGUAAUCGCAUAAUAAAAGGCAGUCUAUCUGGAAUUAGGCCAGUUUGUCAGGAGUAACAGUCAUGUUUAUCUGAGUGGACUCUGCAGCAGAUUUGCCACACAACAAAAUUAAUGACCCUGUGUUUGGUCCAGACAGUAGCUGAGGAAAUACUGUCCUCUCACAAGUCCUGAACAAACUUGAAUCUUCUCCAGUGUGUAGCAACCCCCCAUGCAAAUCAGUGGACUAAAGAUGUUUCAGGAAAGUUAUUUUAGCACAGUGAUAUAUAUUCUUAAAUCAUCAAGAUUUUUAAAAGUGAAGAAAUUGAGCCUGUUGCUCUUAACAGACAAAACUUAGAUGUCCCCUUUUUGUAAAAGGGUCAAUUUCAUCUUCCAUUCAGAAGCAGGUACUUAACUCUUCUUCAGGUGAUUUGUGCAUCUGGUAUUGACUGGUUAAUUCUUAUUUCCAUUCUUGAUGUUAAAAUGUGACUCUUCAGAAAUGGGGAUCUUUGACGUAGGGCUGCGACUUCGGUGCUCCCAGCCCUGCAGACCCGACACUCUGACUGUCAGCUUCCCCAGCUUCGCCUCGGCUCACCACUGCUCCUGGGGCUUGUAGCUAGCGGUACUCGAGGUAAUUCUUAAUUGUUGGUAGAGACAGGUGUACGUGUACUGCACAUGCCUCUUCGCUGGUCAUUCAAAUGGCAUAUAUAUAUUUUUGGAAGUUUUAAGAUAGUAUUUUAAAGGGAGGAAUUACAUUAGGAUCAUUAUGUGUAUAAGGGAUUAUUUUUUAUAACAAUCACAGUGUAUUUUUACUCCCUGUAUCCAGUGUAGUGAAAUUGAUUUGGAGCAUUUGGGAUCUUAAAGCUUUAUUAAUAUUUACUGAGAAUAUUGAUAUGUGGGUAAACCUGUAGAUAACAAAACUACUUAGUUAUAGCUUCCUUCUGCAAAUACAUAUUCAACAAAGGAUGUUAAGGGAGAAAGUUUAGUUCUUUUUGGAUACAUUUUAUUUUAUUUUUUUGGCCUCACUUUUUGUCUUGUCUCUUUUUCUCCCUAUUUAGGCUUCUGAAUGUUUUCAAACUAUUCCCAAGAUUGAUGUAAGCUUGACCCAUUUAUAACAACAGACUAACCUAAAAAACAGCAUGAGAUUGGUAGUAGCAAGAUUUGCAUCUGUUUUCAUUACAAGUUACCCUAUACGCUUAGAUUUCUUCAAAUAAGUGUAUUAGCCUGGCCCUUGUUUCCUUUGACAAGCACAAGUCCCACACAGCCUGCAGGUCUGUGAAUAAAUUACCACCGAUCUGGUCAGAUCUGUGUAUCUAUAUUUUGACUUCAGAGUCACAUUGGCUUGCUUCAGAGCUAAAAGUUAGUAAGUAACUGAAAACUUUAGUUCCAAGAACUUGUUACAGUCAGGGGAAAGGACUAUUUCAAAGGAAACAUUGAUAUAGUUACUUACCUCUAAGAAUUUAGUUUACCUGUAAAACAAAUCAGAAUGUUGUAUCAACCCCAGUAGAUAUUUUGGAAGGAUAUUGAGAUGUUGCAGAGAGGUUUGACUUGACUUGAAUAUGUUUAAUUAAAAGUUGUUUGUUUUUUUUAAAUUAGGGAAGCUUACCCAAUUCUUGACUUAUUCCAGUGUAGUAUACCUGUUGCUUUUAUCUAAUUUAGAAAAAGAAGUCUUUGCUUAUACUCUGUGGGAGAUUUCCUUUAGGAAGCUAGUCUUUGUUUUACUUCCCACCCCAGGAGAGAAGUCAGAGUGCAUACUAAUCUCUCUUCCUGCUGAUAAUUGUGCAUGUGUUCAUCUGUUUGUGUGCAUACAAAGAUUUAUUUAUAUAUAAAUUCAUUACUAAUAUAAGUCAGAGAAUAAUUUCAAUUUCUUAAAUCUUAAAUCAGUUCCAAAUCAUGCUAUGUGAAGAUCCCUGAUAAUUCUUGGUUGUCGUUAGAGAACAGGAUUAUCAAUUCUUCCCCGGUGUAUUAUUUUAUAACUAACCAUUAAAAUUAUCUGAAGGCUCUUGGCUCUGAAAAGCCCAUAUAUAUGGAGAUGAUAUUCUAUUCUCUUCACUCUUGAUUCCUUGAGGACUACUACCAGAUCCCUCCCUCAGCCCCCCACCACAUUUUCACUAACUUAUAUCCAUUUCGGUCAAGAGUGCCCUUUUAUGUUGUACAAAUGAAAGAAACAUCCUUCUAUUUCUUAAUAGAUAAGUAGGACCAGAGAGCUCCUAGAUGUAAAUACAGAACUGUUUCUUUUCUAGAUCAUAACAUUGAAAAUGGUGUACAUACUUUAUGGGCACCUGUCUUUACAGUUUUUCUUACUAAAUACAACCAUAUAAAUUGGUUAUUUUUUAGCACAGAGACUUGUGACUCAUACUGUAUUUUUGCACUUAAAAGUCAAAUCGUGUUAUUUUUUAAAAUGGUGAGUAAUUGGAAAGGAUAUAGAGCAAUGUGUAUUUCUGAAGAGCAUUAGCAACAUCCCAAUGCAAAAAUAAUCAGCACACUUAAUUAUGUCCCACUCAGCGGGAUUCUUGAUUCAGGAAAACUAAGCUGUUUUGUUUUCAACUGUCUUAUGUUUUAAAUUGCCUUCACUGAUGUAUAAGCUGUUACUGUACAUACAAGUUACUCCUCAGUAUUCACAAGCAAUAACGGUCAGCAGAGCUGUCUUCAGAGAUAGCAGUGCUGAGCCUCAGUUGGAGACUGUUUGGGAGCAAAGUGUCAAGCUCAUUCAGAGCCUCCAAAGUCAAUGCAAGCAAUAAUUCCACUAUAACUCAAUCCUGAUUCUUUCUCACAUGCUUCUCAAACCCGAGAGUAAAAGAAAUCAUGGUUUUAAAACAGCCUGAAGAAUAACGUUUUGGAAAAAGAAGUGAAGUUAAUCCGAAGUCACAAAAAUCCUGAUAUUCUGAGGAAAUCAGAGGAUUGUGUCAGUCCAUUCUGUCAUGCCUACCACCCCUUUGAUGGAUGUUGUUGGCCCAAAUUACGUUUUUUUAUAUCCUAGAAGUUAGUAGGGUUUCUUGCAUCACCAAGGUAGGGGGAAGAACCGGGCACAUACACGUUUGGAUACUGUGGGUUUGACACCUGUUUGAAAACAACUUACUGGGAAAGAUUUUUAACCCAGGAUUUCUGCCCCCGCCCCGUCUGCUCUUCCCCCCAAGCAGAUCUAAAUUGUUUACUACCCAGGGUCGGAAAGGGCAGACACGUCUAGUUUGUUCUGGUUGCCAUUACCACUCCCCUUUCCGCCUCUACUUGGUUCAAGACAUUUUCUGAAAUGGAAAUUCUGCUGUUAAUCAAACUGCCAUUGAUUGUGAGAACUCUGUGUCCCUUGGGAUCGUCUCUUAGAACUCCAGUUAUCUAUCAUAUUUGCUGCUACAUUUGUAAAAUGAACUUUGCCUGUAUUGGUCGAUUUUAACCUAAUUUACAGUUCCUCAUUUCCAGGAGGUUUUGUCAUAUAACUUGACCCACGUAUAGAGUUAGGAUACUUUAUUUUAGGAGUGUACCAUAAAAGCACACUGGUUGGUCCCUGUAUUCUUUUUAUUAUCACUUAGGUUUUGAAUUUAUGUUUGCCUUUUUUGGUUCAUUGAUGUUUUGUUUUGCUUUAUUUUAAAUUAGAAGUAGAAGAGUGGGAAAAAUCUAUAAUCAGGCCAAACUUGAGAACUUUCCCUGUGCUUCAGCACUAUAGAUUCUGCUGACCAUAUGUUCUCAAAAGGGGCACUUUUACUUUCUCUUGUGCAUGUAUGAUUGUUCUGUUGUGUUUUUUGCUUUUGUAAAAAUGAAGCGGAAGAAAAAUGCAGUAGUAAGUAAAUGAUUACAAACAUGUUCUGUAAUUUUAUUUUAUAAAAUUUAAGGGGAAAAGUUUAACUCUGUAAAUCAUUUCUUAGCUCUCGUAAAAUGCUUCCUCCUCUAAAACAUGCUGAAUUCAGGCCUUUGUCUUCGUUAAGUGCCUUUUUUUUCUUUCUUUUUUCCCCCCUCUUGAAAGUGUUCUCAGAUAUCCUAAAGUACAGGCUACUAAGUCAGGGGAUUCAGAAGGAAGAAUCUCAUACUUGCCAACGUCAUGUCAUGCUGUAAUAUUCUUCCUUUUUUUUUGAUGUAUAAGGAUAUAUGUGUAAGAUACAUACAUACAUAUAUAUAUAUAUAUAACUAGUAGCUGCUGUACCAUUGCAUCCUUUCCAAACACACUUCUUUCAAUGUCUGCAAAACUUCUGGCUUGUUUAUUCCAUUGCUUUUAGUCAAUUCAAAAGGGUAGAUUGGGAAACUGUCUUUAUACAAGAUGCUGUCUUCCCCCUUUGAAUAUCUGUUUGUAGAAGUUAACAAAAAUACCUAAAUAUAAUAAGUCAUUUAUUUCAAUUAAGAUAAAUUUAGUGGACUCAUUGACUAUUCCUGGAUAUAACCCACUGCUCUGAGCCCUUCAAACUUGGCAUGAGUAAUAUUGGAGAAAGCAUUGGAAUAACAAGAGUCUUUUGUGGGUCAAGUUGAUAAGGAGCAGGAUGGCAGGCGAGACUUUUAAGACUGGAGGCAGCUAGAGUCAGAAUCUUGGUAUUGUAUCUGAAUCAGUUUUGAAGAAAGGUAGCAACUUGGUCAACAUUAAACAUGCAUCCUAUUUUCUUCUGGGAAAUUAUUUUUCAAGAAUUCAUAUAGCUACAUAUCUGUGAAAAGUUUAAUAAACGUAGAAAGACUUCAGAUACUCAUGGAAACACUCAUAUAACCUAUAGCAUUCUUGAGAGAUCUUCAAUUUUCUUUUUAUUUGCCAGAUACUUACAUUUGGCUUACUCUGGUUUUAUGGUUAUUUAGAUUUCUCCCUUGAACAGAAUAGCCUAAUUUUCAGUAUCUAAAAUUCAUCUGUGUCUCGUUAAAACCAGAUAUGACACCUUAAGGAGACUAAGUUGAACCAAUACUCAAAGCCCAGAACGAAUUUAUCUAAUAAGUGCCCCCUUUUAAAGACGUUUUAAUUGGGAAGAGGAGACUGGUGGUGAGCAAGAAGAAAGCAGUGGCUCCUGGUGGUGUUACCUGAUAGCAAAGUGCUUAUCAGGUAGCCUCAGUUCAGUUGAGUCACUCUUGAAUUACUACAUUUAACAGGGGGAAUAUCAUUUUAACCUUCGUGCCUCAGAUUACCCAUUUGAAAAUUGGGUAUAAUAAUAUUCACCUACCUCCCAGGGAUAUCAGAGACUUUACUAUUUCAAAAAUACUUUGAGUUUUUCUAAAAUGUCCUAUAGAUUUAAAAAAGUAUCACCAUCUUCCCGCAGAGGCUAAAAAAUGUUUCCCUAUGAUGGGUAUAAAAAGCACCAUAUGAUUUUUAAGUUUAAAGAAGAAUCACUGGAAUUCUAAUUUAGAUGCAUAUUAUUUAAACAUAUUUGUGGUGGGAUUAAAAUGAUUAAUUUCAGGUUAAUAAGUGGGAAGGGGGAAUAACACUAAAUUGCUUAAUUAUGAAUAGAUUUUUUUAGCCUUUUACGGUGUUAAUACAUGUGUGAUUUUUGCCAAGGUCAUGGAGCUACAGCUAGGUAAAGUUUGGAUGAUUGGUUAUUGGAGUUGAUUAAUGAUCCUGAAAGUUUUAUCUGUCUCACUUUUUCAUCUUCUCAAUCUGCUUUCCUUAUAGCACUUGUUUGGUGAUGGAUAGCUAAGCUUUUAGCUUUCUAAGAAGGAAAUGGGUAUCUCCUCAUUCUUGAAAAUCAAGAGACUGUGUGCUAUUCCGUCACUACAGUCUCCUCCGUCUUUGCUCUGAAGGGGCAGGCGCUAUGCAAAGUCAGCUGGGCAUGCAGCCAGCCGGGCCACCUCUGUGUAACUUAGGCUCCUCCCACCCACGACGGAGGCGGAGUCAUCUGCCGGCCAGGCUGUAAGAGAAUGGGGAGAGGGGAGGCAGGAUUCACUUAGCUGGGACACUGGUGGGAGGGGUAAGGGGAGAAGGAAACAUGAUUUUGCUCAUCUCUGAGGAUGGAAUGAAGAUCAUUUUAUUCCACCUUCCAUCCUGGCAUAUUAAGUAGUGAUACUUGGAAUUUUCCUUUAUCAUUUAAAACAAGAGCAACAGCAGGAAAAAAUGGAUGUUGUGUUUUUAGUUAGGGCUAAAUGCUAAGCAACAAUUGUUAGAGAAUAUGUGUAGAUUUAAAUUCUAGCACAUAUUCAGGGUCAGGAAAGAGAAUGUAGACCGUAAGGAACAAAUUACCCAGCUCAAGUGAGUCAAGAGAAAGCACCAGGCCCAAGCAGACCAAGCAUCUGGGUUAAUUCCCACAAUUGGCCAAGGCCCAUUUAAUCUCUAGUGAUAGGACGUUUUUCCUUAAAAGUCACUUUUUGGUUGUUUACUGCUUUUUUCAGAUAAGGCCUUAGUUAGUAACCUCUAAAUAUCAGCUAUGCAGAUAAACAUACUCCUUAUUUUCCACAUUUCCCUCUUUUUCCAUUCUUCAGAUAACAGAUGUUAAAUGACUUCUACCCAAAGAAAUAAGGCAUAAGGGUUUUGUUGAAUGUGUGUUUGUUCCUUGGGGAAAAUUAACAGAAGCAUAAAACAGAGAUAUUUUAUGUGUUCAUCUAUCCUAAAAUGUGAACUUUAUAUUCAGAAACUUAAGUACAGACCCUUUUACUGGUGAAAAGCUGUACUUAGAAUCAUGGAGUGUCUUUGGGUUGUUAAGAUAAAAUCGUCCCAGUGUUCAAUUCUGAGAACGUGUUAGGUUCUGUGGCACAGUGUUCAGGUUUAUAGAGCUGAACAGUUGGUCAGACUCUAAUUAAAAGUAGCUUUGAAUAUUUAAUGUUGAGGUCCGUCUUUCCUCAUUCUUUUCACCUGUAGUUUGAGCUCAAAAGUUAACCAUUUCAUCAGCUAGUUGCUGUACUAGUGCAUGUUGUCAAGAGUCUGGAGCAGAAAGGUUAGACUCUCUCCUCCUUUUCUCACUCACUUGGGCCACCUUUCCUGUGUCUCCAUUCAACCCACAAGUGCGGACCACAGGCACAGUCCAGGAGACUGUUCUGUCCUAGCACAGACUCAGCCAGGGACUCAGAGGGUUUAAUCAGACUGCCUUUGAACAACUGGAUAGUAAAUUACAUUUUUCUCGGAUAUUCCCAAAGUACCAUUUGCUUGACAGAAGCUAUUUGUGACCUUUAUUUUAAUUUCCUCUUACUGUAAUUCUUUGACUUCUCAGUCUUUCUUACCUAUUUCCAUUUAGAAUGGGUUAGCAGUUUUCAGAACUGUUUCCCGAACAGGUCAAGAGUACUUCCAGGAGUCUCAGUAGUAUAAUUAAAGGGGGUCUGUAUGUCCAGGAUUUGGAAUCAUCACUGGUGACUGGAAUUAUUUUUCUCUUCCCCUUGUAUUAAAACCUAGAUUUCCCUACUACUAUACAGUGUGGUAGCUAUAAUUCGUGGCUUCUUCUUAAUACUUCUCAAGGUUAUUCAAAAAAGAUGAAGACUUUUGUUAAGGGUUCUUAUUUCUCAUAAUACUCUGCCUUGCUUAUAUUCAUACUUCCCCUGGAAUGAGCCUACUUUGCAAAGAUCUGAGUCACACAGGCCAUGUAAAUUCUUAGAACCAGUUUUCUGUUCCUCAGAAAACUCUGCCCAUUAUUUGCUCCCAUUUUGCUAAUGAUAAUAAAGUUCUAUUUUAUCUUAAAUCUAGUUUUAAAAAUAUUUUAUAAUAGAGCACUAAUGGAAACCUAACUGAAAUACAAAAAAGAUAACUAUUCCUCAAGAUAACUUGGAAAUACUUCUGCUUUUGAAGUUAACAGCUCCCCCUCCCCUCUGAGCGCAGUGGAGAGUGAGCAGUAACCAAGACCAGCCACUUGGCAUGUUUUUCUGUGUGACAACCUGCCUUUGUCAGAUCGUCCUUCCCUUGUAUUUUCUGUCCUCGGAGCCAUAAACUUUCCCCAUGUUUUGCUGUCGUGUGCUGUUUGCAGGGUUGACGUGCCCUGUGGCAGCGCGUAGGAUUUUUCUUUCCCAUACCUGCAAAAUUACCAAGGAUGACCCCGGUGUUGGCGAGGGGCAUUAAAAGACAAAGAAGUUAUUUCUCGGCUGAUAAAAGUGUUACUGUUUCCAUAUAGUGAGUUAGAAAGUUGGCCAAAGAUGGCCAACUUUUUAAAUCCUGGCUAUGCCUGCAUAAUUAAUUACGUAUACGUCUGAGACCUGAUAAGUAAGGGGCCCUUCCACAGUAGAGGCAGGUUUCCAACCUACCAAUAAUUUCCUCUGAUCUCUGGCUAGCCAUAGAAAAGAUUCAAGCUUUCUACUGUCCUUUUGUUGGCUGUCGUUGAAAAAUUAUAUCACAGAAAGUAUCAAAAAUAUCAGACUAUUCUUAAGAAGAGUAUGUAAUCUGGGGCUUGCCCUUGCGUUUUGCUCACUAGAUGUUGUUAAGCUUAAAAGAAAAGGAAAAGAAAUCUCUGGCUGGUUAAAAUUUGUGCCCCAAGUAAUAUGCUAAUCAAAGUCUACCACGGUAACUAAGCGAAGGGUGUUUUCUCUCUUACAUUACAAGCAAGAAACUUUAUUUGCAGUUGUAAAAUUAUUGCGGACUGCAGACCUAUUUGCUAUAACUGAUUGGAAAUAAGGAUUCUGAUUUUUAGUCUGGGUAAGCACAUAUUUCCAACACUUGUGGUAUGCAUUUUGAUAAGGGAAAGACAUUUGGUUGGUAACAGAAGGAAAAAACCGGACUUAUUUAUACAGUGAACGUUCGCUCUGUAGAGGAACUUCCCUCCAGGCACAGUCCUCCUCCACACUUGCUACAUAGAUGCCAACACGUUUCACAGCUGAUCUUGAAGGAGGGAGCGGAAAGAAUUGCUGCUCCUCUGGGUGAAAGGCACUGAUUACUGUAUCGCAUUUGUUUGUAGGGAGGUGCGUUUUUGCUCACUUGAAGGGAUAUACUGUAUUUUAAAUAAGUGUGUGACUUAAUAUUUUGGGAUUUUUUUUUCCUCCUUUAAAACUGGACCUGAACACAGCUUUGAGUUGAUAUUUGUAAUAAUCUCAGGACCUGAAAGAUUGUAGCAUUUAGUGUGUCUUAAAAAUUAUGUACUGUACCAGCCAUGGAUUUUUGUAAAUAUACCUGUCUCCCUUUUUUGUAUUAUUUUAGUAAAAAAAUAAUAAAUUUAAAUAAAAGGGGGUGGUGAUGACAUGUGAAUGGGUGUGGGUGUGUAUGCGUGUGUGUUUGUAUAAGGCUCUUUUGAGACGAACUGGUGCUUGUUUAAUUUCCGGCUCUAACGAGAGCAGGAAUAUGGCCAAACUGCUGCUACCGACCCUGCACUGAGCCGAGGUGUUUCCAUGUUGUCUUUCCCAGUACUUAACACGGGCCACCAGGAAAUGACUAAGAAGCUAAAUUCUUCCCACUGCCACCUUGCCUUUGCAUUCUCGGUUCUACACGCCCUUUGAACUUUCAUGGCAAAGCUUUCCAAACUCUGGGUGGCCUGUUGGUCUCUAGUUUUUAGAGAGCUCUUGUCACUGUUUUCUAAGAAGAAAGAAGGACAGGUCAAUUUUUUUUAACCAAAAAAUAAUCACACAUUUCACAAAACCCUGAUGAAUUUUGGAUAUGUGAGAGGGCUUAAACAUUCCUAAAUGUGGAUCUGUGAAUUGAGUAAAUUAGCCCCAUGGAUAUACGCCUUCGGUGCAGGGGAAAAAAACUUUUUUUUUUUUUUCGUUUUGCAACAGCCUUGCUCAUAUUCCAGGUAUAGCUAGCAAACCCCUGUUUUAAAGCAGGAGCCUUAUUUGAUUCAGUGUAGCUGUUUCCUGUCUAUCCUUUGUGACAGGACCUUUUACAUGAGUGUUUUUUUCUUUUUGUAUGUGUUCUGUGUUGUAUUAAAUAAAGAGGAAUGUACAUAUUA